UAUUACAAUGCCCAUCCUUGGAUUCGAAUGUGACAGAACUAAAAUGAAGUAGUCACUUCCGGGUUCGAGAUAGGCGGCGCUAAAAAUCGUCUUCUCUUUCGUCGGAGAGAAGAAUUUGUAUAAUCAGCUUUAUGUAUGCCUUGUUAUUUCUCGGGUCAAGAGUUAUACGAUUGUCAGCUUUAUACGUAUAAGCAUAAGUUUGUAUCCCCUGAUAGCCGUGUGCGGAGGUCUCGAUGAUUAAUGUCACGGUCAAUUGUGCUGUACUGUGUCCGCCUCUUAACGAGUACUACACACCAGUGCGAGAGAUGCACGUGGAUUGCUGAGGAAUACGUCGCACGCGUCCGAUCAACGACGACGACGACGACGACGACAACGACGACGACGACAGCAACGGCGACGGUGACAAACGUACUCGACGCUAUCCAUUAAGAUGGUAGAGCCUAUUUUCGACUAUCAGUUUCGACUGAUACUAAUCGGCGACAGUACUGUCGGGAAGAGUUCUCUCCUCAAGUAUUUCACCGAUGGCAAAUUCGCAGAGCUUUCAGAUCCAACUGUUGGUGUAGACUUCUUUGCAAGGUUAAUAGAAGUUAAGGAUGGAACAAGAAUAAAAUUACAAUUAUGGGAUACAGCUGGCCAAGAGAGAUUUAGGUCAAUUACAAAAUCUUACUACAGAAAUUCUGUUGGAGCACUUCUUGUUUAUGAUGUUUGUAAUCGAGCAAGUUUUGAGCAUAUUCCUCAAUGGAUGAUGGAAGCCCGCAGACAUAUUGAGCCACAUCGUCCUGUAUUUGCUUUGGUAGGUUGUAAGUUAGAUUUAGUAACUAAUGGUGGUAGAAGAGAGGUAUCAAAGGAAGAAGCUAGAGCGUUUGCUGAUGAGCAUGGUGUACACCAUAUUGAGACCAGUGCAAAAACUGGUGUAAAUGUUGAAGAAGCAUUUCGAACAGUUACACAAGAAGUUUAUAACAGGAUACAAACAGGCGAAUACAAAGUAGAAGAUGGUUGGGACGGUAUCAAAACUGGCUUUGCCAGACCUGGUGGUUUAGAUUUUAAUCUAGUCGAAGCAGAACCGGCAAAGACUUCGUGUUGUUAAGUUAUUGUUUUAAUCCACUAAAGAAAAAAACUAAAAAGAUCUAAGAAUGCAGGUAGAAUAGUUAUUUUAGGGAAAAAUAAUUGUUUUAAUAAAUGGACAUGUAAGAAAUAUGAUUGUCUAUGUUCAUCUAUAUUUA